AUGGCUGUCGCCGAUUAUAAGAGGUAUCUGGCCGAGAAUGUUCUCAAUGAGCGCCGGACGGUCACUUUCCGCUCGCUGAGUCGGGCUUUGAGGGUGCAUAGUACUUUGGCGAAACAGAUGUUAUACGAUUUCCAUCACAAUGAGAACAACAAGAAACCGCAGAGCGUGAAUGCGACUUACAUUAUUACGGGCGUUCAGAAAGCGCCAGCACCUGCUACGAAUGGCCAUACCAAUGGCGAAGAUAACAGAGACGAUGUAUUCCCGAGCAGUCCGUACCUGAGCAGCUCGAUGCCCAAUCAAGAUUCGGCUCCGGAUACUGUCGCUACAGCUUCCGUUCUACUGGUACGGGAGGAGGACUUAGAAGGUAGGGCGCCAUUAGUCUCUCAUGCUGGACUCGACCUGCAGCAGACGGUGUUGCAGGAUCUCAAUGUCUUGACGGAUGUCAGUCGCGAGACUGUGAGCAACCAUUCUCAAGAGGAUCCUUUGGAAUACGGAGGGCAGUGGAGCAUGAUUCAAAAUAAGAAUGUCAAGCGGAGAACGGGCUCACGGCCGCCCCCAGCACCAGCUGCUACUAAAUCGAAGCCUACUAUACCCUCGAAACGGCCAAGUGAAGCUACUUCGUCCCAGAUCAAACCAGAGCCAAAGAAGGAAGAAACUGCGGCAUCCGAGCAAGCGUCCACACGGGAAAGUACACCCUCGACAGCAUCCAAACCUACUGAAAAGGCCGCUCCGUUGAAGCGAGAAAAGAGCAACCUCUUCAGCUCCUUUGCAAAGGCAAAGCCGAAGCAGAAGAAGGAAGAAUCGGCAACGCCGGCAGAAUCGGCCGAGCCUAGUGGUGCCGAGGAUGUUUUCGGUGAUGACGAUGAUGCCGACGAAGAACCGGAAGAGCUCUUCCCCGACAGUGGAAAGUCUGCCUCCUCAGCCGCUGCAACUCGCGAAAGUCGGAAGGAACGCGAAGAGAAGCUGAAGCAAAUGAUGGAGGAUGAUGAUGAAGAUGAAGACGAAGAAAUGCCCGAUGCUACAGAGCCACCAGAAGAAUCCAAACCCAUUGAUCAGCCACCUCCGAAAAAGCCGGAGCUCAAGGAAGAGAUAACAGUCCAGGGAGGUCGACGUCGCGGCAGGCGUCAAGUGAUGAAGAAGCAAGUCCGCAAGGAUGAUGAAGGCUACUUAGUGACUGUUGAGGAGCCAUCGUGGGAGUCGUUCUCCGAGGAUGAGCCUGCGCCGCCACCUAAAAAGAAGCCAGCUGUGAGUGCGCUCAAGGGAAAGCCUGCGGGUAAAGGACAGGGCAAUAUCAUGUCAUUUUUCGGCAAGAAGUAA